AUGUAUGAACAACAUGAUUCUGGACCUGGUUUUAUUGGAAUCAGGUUCUGUAAAGAAUGCAAUAACAUGUUGUAUCCUAAAGAAGAUAAAGACAGUAAAAUAUUGUUAUAUGCUUGUAGAAAUUGUGACUAUCAACAAGAAGCUGAAAAUAGAUGUAUUUAUGUUAAUAAAAUUAUGCAUGAAGUAGAUGAAUUAACACAGAUUGUUGGUGAUGUUAUAGCUGAUCCUACUUUACCACGUACAGAAGACCAUCAUUGUCCUAAAUGUUCACAUAAAGAAGCUGUAUUCUUUCAAUCACACAGCUCAAAAGCUGAAGAAGGAAUGAGAUUGUAUUAUGUUUGUGGUAAUUCACAAUGUUUACAUCGGUGGACAGAAUGA